AGUUUGUUUCCUUCUCUCUUCCCCCAGUCCCCUCCUCGGAAGUGGACACUAGCUGUCUACUUUCCCCAAAUUUAUUAUUUAUAUUUCACAAUAACACCCCCCAACGGAAGCCAAGAUGGACGACUGAGCCAAAAACGGGUCCCCGAUUUCCCUGACUUUACUUAUCUCGGAACUGAGUCGACCGGAUGAAAUCCAACCGCGGUUUUCUCCGCUUCGCAGGGGAGGUAGCUGUAUCCAGUGGGGAGGAAGGCUUAACCAGGGCGAGAAAGAAUGAAGUUCUCCGAACCCUGGGGAGUCCACAGGCUGGCUUUUCUUCUAGAGAAGGCCAUGUCUAGGGAAGCCAAGAUGUGGAAGGUCUAUGUGCCAAAGAAGCCCUCCUCACAGGAUACAGAUAUCUCCCCGACUCACCGGGACAAGGCCGUGUGCUGGCUGACGGAACUCCACGGCAGACUGCAGCUGUACCCAGAGACUCUGGUGUUAGCUGUUAGCAUUCUGGACCGCUUCCUAGCUUCCAUCAAGGCCCGUCCAAAAUACCUCCGCUGCAUCGCAAUUGCCUCUUUCUUCCUGGCUGUCAAGACCUGUGAGGAGGAUGAGUGUGUGCCCUCUCUGAGGGAGUUGGUUGCGUCCAGCAGCUGUGGCUGUUCUCCAUCAGAGAUCCUGAGGAUGGAAAGAAUCAUCCUUGACAAACUCAACUGGGAUCUCCACAACGCCACUCCGCUGGACUUCCUGCAUAUUUUCCAUGCAAUGGUGUUGUCAUGCUGUUCUGGGCUUUUGGACUCGUUUUUGGGACUGAACCACUCUCAGCAUCUCGCCCUGCUCACACGACGACUUUACCGCUGUUUGGCCGAUCACGCACUCGUUCAGCUGAGGGGAUCCAUGCUGGCCUUGGCCCUCAUCACUCUGGAGCUGGAGACCUGCUGCCCCGACUGGCUGGCUCUCACCAUCGAGCUGCUGAGGAAGGCCCAGAUCAACACCUCCGAGUUGAUUCGGAGUCGAGAGCUUGUUGCAUGUCGUCUGUCCGCACCGAGAGCUUCCCUGCCUCCGAACACCAUCUACAUCUACCAACCCACCCUGCAGCCUCCAGCACAGGAGCCUCUGGGGAGCGCCUACAUUGAGUCUUCCACAUCAGCAGCUGGGGUAGAAGGGGGGCACCAACAGCCCUGCGGCCUCCCAGCGCUCCUCUCUCCUCCCAAACCGUUGCGUCACCUCAACCACCUGCACAAAGUCACCUUGGGCUGCAAGGCUUCGACAAAGCGAAAGGUGGAGGAGAUGGAGGUGGACGACUUCUUCGACGGUAUCAAGCGCCUGUAUAACGAAGAUGGCGUCACCACCGCCGCCUUGCAGGAGGGGGCAGCGCAUGCCACGGGGGCCGUAACACCAGCAAGUGCAGAGGGGGGCCAACAGGAAGGCAGCUCCUCCCCCUGCCCUCCGCUGCAGCCGGUGUGUUACUCGUAGAAAGCGGUCCCAACUGUGCUCAUCGCAACCAUCUCGCCACUGACAUCAUCGUACGAAUCAUUUGAACCCAAAAGUGAUAGCGAUGUCCGAGAUGCUUUUUGCAACACCAAAUGUUGCAUAAAAGUCUCCACUAAAAUGCAGCCUCUCAGAUAUUCCACUUCAUUCAGUCUGACAUCAGUGGUUUAGUUGGUUUUGAUCAGCACAAUCCGUCCCCCAAAAUCUGUUCAGCGAUCUCGAGCUCAGUUCCCGUCAUCCCCUUCAGCCAGAAAACAGUCGCACCCAAAAAAAAUUAACACAAAAAAAUAAAAAGCUGCUGCUAUUAUUGUUAUAGUUAUAUAUUUUUGUCGUAAAUAUAUUUUAAAAAAAAACAUGAAAAAACUAAAAAGUUAACCCAAAAAAAUACUACUGUAAUAUGUUUGUCAAUUUUUAUUUGUUUUUCCCUUAAACUUGCUGUCAUGUAUUCACUGUCCACUCCUCUCUUCAUGUCUCUGUGUCACGAUCCAACUUUUGAAUGUUUCUGUCUGGACAAUGAACUGUUCCUCACACAAAAAGAGAACAUUUCAAUAUUUAGCAAAGAGCACUUUUUGAUCGCAUACGCAUGAAAUGCCAGUGAAGUCCCUCCUGGCUCUUUUUGCCAUUUGCCUCGGCUUUUUGAGGUGAUUAACUGAAUGAGGGUGUUAUGUUGAUGCUUUGGGUUUAAACUGAAAUGAGUUGUCUAAAGGGAAAAAAAAUAUAUAUAGAUAUAUUUUCGACAUGAUUGAAACAACUACAGCAAUUCACCUUUAACCAUAAGCUAUAACAGAAGCAUACAGUUGACAACUGCUGUAUAAAAGUCAUCUUUCAAAAAUAAUCCAAGCUAACUUGAGAAGGAGGACUGCAUAUUUCCUAACAUAUUGUCAUCAAACUAACAUGGAUGUGUGUAUGAAGAAUUGGGCCAGAUUGCAUUUGGUUAUUGUUGGCCAGAGGGAUUUAAAAUCAAAGUUAAGAUACCUUGUCGUAAAACAAAGGCAUUAUAAUAUGAAGCAUCAGAAAUGUGUGCACUUCUGUCUGAGCUCAACACAGACAAAAUGAAAUGAGUGAUGAUAGUCACAACAUGCUGUGAUUUUAAUUUGUAGAUGAUUCCUCCAAAAAGCUCUGUUUUACCUGCUGGAGGGGCCUGCGGGAUACUGCUCCUGGUACCUGAACUCACCAUAUGGCACAGGCAAAUAAAAAGAGAAUGACACCUUAUAA